AUGCCGUCGUUGAUCUUCAGCUCUGUCCUUGAUCCUAAACUCAUUGCGAGACCGCUUCUCUUACGUUAUCAAGGCGAAACACAUCGUCGUUUGCGAGCAUUACGGAUGUCGCAUUAUGAAUGCAACCUCGAGGGAUGGGUUAAAAGGUCCAUGGUUGAGGUAAAUCCUUCUGCCCAAGAACUCCGCGAAGUUACUAAUUACUAUUUAUCGCUACGUUUGCUACGCAAAUUCCCCGAAGUGACCGAUGCAAUUACACUAGGGCGCCUACAUAUCCAUGGGCUGGUGUACGGUUCAGAAACCGAGAAGGCCUGUCGAGUGUUGGAAGAGCAACAGAACCAUUAA